AUGGUCCGAGCCGUCCAAUUUUCGGAGGAAUGGGCUACGAGCAUUACACCGGGUAUUGCCAGCCAGAGUCAAACUAUAGCUGAAAAAUGUUACCAUACCAAAGUUACUACGCCUAUCUAUAGCUGGAAGGCGGAAUGUCUUCCUUACAAUUUCUCCAAUAGCACCUGUUUGCAAAGACUCCAUAUUAUCGCCCACAAGGCUACUGCGCUGUUAAGUAUUCACAAGAGCAAUGUGUAUGUCCCAUCCAAGCACUGUCUGUGGAGGCAUCUUUGCAUUUUGUGUGUUGUUGUCCUGGUCCAUACAUACCAAAUUGGCCGCUGUGGUGUCAAGACCGAGAAGGAGCAGAGAUAG